AUGACGCGGCGUCCCUUGGCUGCACUAGUCCUGGCGUUGGUCGCAGCUGCCUGCACACGCCAGGCGGUGGCGGAGACAUGCCCCUAUGCCCAGCCCUUCCUGGGCUGCGUGCUGAAUGUGGGCUGGAAGCUGCCCAACCUCACCCAGGUCCUGAUCAGCAAGAAGGCCACGCCGCUGAUCACCGUGCCGCCGCUCAACGUGGUGGGCUACCCAGGCGACCCCAACCUGCUGGCCAUCCUGCCGCUCAACGGCGCCGUGGACCUGCUGUUCAAUAGCAUCCCUCAAAGCACGCACAACUGCUUCGUGCCGGUUCUCCCUGGCCUUACGGCCAAGCGGUGGGCUGCCGACCCCGACUCCCCUUACUAUAGCUCCUUCAAGGCCUGCUCACGCGCGCCCUGGCCUGACGGCAGCGAGCACACGUUUGUGAUGGGCGCCUGGGGCGACCUUUCGAAAAUAUCAAAGAAGAGGCUCCGCCAGGUGCCUGCUGUGGCCCAGUUCAAGAGAAAGUAUGGCAAGAUGGCGCCCAAGCUGGGGCUCUGCAUGGGCGUCAACCCGUGUGGCAUGAACAUCUUCAUCGGGUUGGAGAGGUUUGAGCAGUAUGCUACCAUGAACUUUGACUUCAAUAACGGCGCUAAGCUCAAGGUGUUUGUGAGGCCCGACUCGUACUACUGGUCCUGGGGCAUGAGCAUGCUGCCGCCCGCCUGGCGCGCCCCGGGCGCGCCGCCCAUGGCGUGGGGCAUCGACCCCCUGGUCAACGGCUCGCUAGGCAAGCCUCGCCAUGCUGCCCCUGUGUGCUGGAGCUCCCCCAUCCAGCAGCUGAGCGGCACCACCCUGACCGGCAGCGUGUAUGUGGAGGGCCCGCUGCGCGGCGGCUCCGCCUCCAACAACCUGAAGAUGUCCUUCAUCACCUUUGAGCUUGGCAGCCAGAAGGCGUGGUGGGGCAUGCUGCGCGACCUCACGCGGCGGGCGGUGUCCAUGAAGCUCCACGCCAUGCCCAACGUGCUGCUCUGGAACAAGGUCGCGCUGUCCUUCAGGGACUACGACAGGUACAUCCACAUCCGCGGCGCGCAGCUGACCGCCCGCACCUCUGACGGCUUCUUCUGGGCCUCCGCCUACCGCCAGAACAUCCCCGCCUACAACCUGGCCCGCUUCAUCACCCCGCUGGGCAACCUGCUGGCCAAGGUGUAUGUGGGGGCCAAGACGGGCACCACCCACCGCAUCACCUCCUUUGAGAUGCACGGCCACGGGUCGUCCGGCGCGGCGGUGCGCCUCUGGUUCAAGCCCGGCAACUUCAAGCUGACGCCCGCGGUGCGCGCGCGCUUCAUCGUCGGCAUCCCCACCAUCUGGACGGACUGGGCCGCCAUCUUCCGGGCACCCAAGGACUCCAACUUCUACAACUCGGUCACCCUCAGCCUGGGCGGCCGCCCCUACCAGAUUGUGUUUUGCUCGCGGGCAUCCGACUGCGCCAGCUCAGCGGGCUGCUGGACGCACUGCCACGACAAGCUGCGCGUGUGCGUGCCCAGGGACCCCGCGCCAGACGGCUGCCCCGGCACGCUGCGCAUGGGUGCUGCCUCUGCAGCAACGGCUGCCGCGGUGGCAGCAGCAGCAGCGCAGUUGCCGGAGGUGCCAGCGUCGUCCCCCGACCCGCUGAGCGGGGAGGGGGAGGUCGCCAUGGCGGUAGCAGAAGCCGGCAGGGAGUGCUCCUGGGACAACCCUUGCCCCAGGGGACGAUGCGAGUCAGACUAUCUGCAGGAGCGGUAUGUCUGUGUGGACCCCUGA